CAGGAAACUGUGACCGUGCUCGUCGGUGUAAUAAUGGCGGCUGCCAGCCGACGAUAGCCUCUUGUAUUGUUCCGCUUCAUGGUACGUCUUCCACCCACAAACACAAGACACUUUUGAGCAGAAUGAAUUUCUAUUAACGCCCAUGGAAAACAGGCCUCACACGAAACGUGAUAGAGACUGUGUGACUUCAGAUAACCUCACAGUUCAUCAGCACAGAAUGGCUCUUUACGGCGAGUACAGCGACGGCUGAGGUAGUGUCUUGAUAGUUUGGAGAUGAGAUUCAUUGACAGGAAUAUAGACCGACAUUGGGCCUGGAUAAUCGUGGCUUCGUCAUUCUUCGCCCACCUGAUAUGUUUUGGCGUCGCCUGGACAACCGGAGUGUUCAACGCGAUCUUUCUCGAAGAGUUCCGAGAAUCCAGGGUGGUGACGUCAUGGGCGGGAUCGCUGAUGCCAGCGUGUAUGUUUAUUGCAGGUCCGCUGUCUAGUUUCCUGAUCAGUCGGCUUGGGUGUCGCGUCACGAUGAUGUUAGGAGGUGUGACGUCAACGUGCGGGUUCGUCUUGAGCUGUUUCGCGCCAAAUAUUACAGUGUUGUACUUUACAUUCGGGAUCAUCACAGGUUUGAGUUUUGGAGCGGCCCAUCUAGCUGCCAUCACCGCGGUAACCUUCUACUUCGACAAAUUCCGUAACGUGGCCACGGGUGUGGCCGUGACCGGCGUGGGUGUGGGCACGCUGAUCUUCCCUCCCUUGAUACGGGCCCUUGUCGACGUAUACUCCUGGAGGGGCGCCAUGCUGCUGCUGGGAGCCGUCAGUCUCAACCUGUGUGUCUGCGGCGCCCUAAUCCGACCAGUUGACCGACCGGAACUGAAGAAGUCCCAGACUUCCCUCGACCCGACGAUGUUCCGGAAGCUGGACUUCUGGAUGCUGUGCAUGAACAACUUCCUCGUCUGCUUCGGUCUGUCCAUCACGUACCUGCACCUUACUGCGUACGCCGAGAACAGAGGGGUGGACUUUGAGCGCAGCGCUCUGCUCGUGUCUGGAAUCGGUAUCUCCAACCUCGUGGGAAGACUCGCCAUGGGCAUGAUCGCGCAGCAACAGGGCGUGGACACCAUCCUCCUCUACCUGAUCUCGUUUCUCGUUAGCGGGGUCGCCGUGGCGUGCAUGGCCGCGCUCGGGACGUUCGCGGGUCUGCUGGUGAUGGCGCUGCUGUUCGGGAUCUUCACGGCGGGUAUCGGGACCCUCUCGGCGCCCAUCUUGGCUGACAUCCUUGGAAUUCACAGAUUCACCGGCGGUUAUGGUUUCCUCAGCAUCGUAAGCGGCCUGGGACAGAUGGUCGGCGGACCAGUGGCAGGUCUGAUGUACGACCAGACCCGUACCUACGUCUGGUCCUUUCUUGUCGGCGGGAUCAGUAUGUGUCUCAGCAGUAUGUUCAUGAUCGUUCCGUUCAGACGCAUGCGCAGCAUCUCAAACAUACAGACAACUGAAGAAAAAUAUGUUUUCGAUUCUGGACAGAAUGUUGCUAUGGUGACAGGAGAUGAAACAAUUACAAUGCAUCCAAGUACAGCGUAGAGUACAAGGGUGUACAGUGGUUGAGGAUGGGCGUAUAUUCUCUGUUAUUGUUCACUAUUUUGAUAGAUAUCGGUGAAGAUUAGUACAUUUUUCCGUACUUGUAUGUAAUUCAUAUAUAUAUAUAUAUAUAUAUAUAUAUAUAUGAAGGGUCCACGGGAACAACCGGUGAUGUCACACUUUUGGUUUACAACUCUGCGAUUGUGGAAUAUUGAUACCUAAGCAAGAAUGAUUAACUAGCAACUUUUAAGGGCCUACCAUAAUUAAGGUUUUUAUUUUUGUUAUGCCAACGACACUUUGUCAUACUCGACCUUUAUAAUACUAUUUGUUUGGGCAUCAUAUAGUGUUCCCUUGGACACACACACACACACACACACACACACACACACACACACA